CCCAAUGCACGAACAAAGAGUGCCAACGACCCGAAAAAAAAAAUUAUUAGAGCAAAGACCGACAUACAAAUAAAACACAGAGAGAGAGAAGACCAUAGGGUUUUUUUUCUGCUAACUCCAGAGCGUUUUCUUCGUACAGACGCUCAAACCGAGGCAAAGCUCAAUUCUUAUCAUAUUUAAUUUUAUAUUUUAUUUGAUUUUAGUGUAGUUUGUUGUAUUCAUUUUCUACUGUUCUUUGCCUCCCCGUUCGUUCCUGUGGAUGAGAACGAGAGAGAGAGUCUUGCAAAGCAAAAGUGAGAAUCCCUAGAGGAUUUAUGGGUUUUGACCGAAAUUUCAUCAUUACCCAGGAUGUAAUGGGUUGAAAGCAAGAUAUGGGGAGUUACUCUGAAGAGGAAGAGGAUCAAUUUUAUGAUACAUGCGAGGAGUUAUCUUCUGUGUCGGAUUGGGGGUCGGAUUGCUCCGAGAACAGCAGCUCCAGUAUUGGGAACUUUGAUACCGUUUUGGGUAGUUUUUGUGAUGAGAUUUGGACUAAGAACCCGGAGAGUGUACAAGAGCGCCGACAUAGGUUCUUAAAAUUGAUGGGGUUAAGUAUAUAUUGUAAUUCAGUUAUGAGAGAGGAUUUGGGAGAUGGAUCAGAUGAAAAAAUUGAAACGGAUGUUGAUAGAAUCAUGGAAAAUAGCGGGGCUGUGCUGAAAACAUCGGGUUUUGAGGAAGUGUUUCCAUCGAGUAAGUCUACCAUGUCAGAUGAAGUGUCACAAUCUUUAGAAAAUGUUGCUUCGGAAGAUAGUUUUGUGGGUAAAACCAAGAAUUUGGACGAUGGAACUGAGUUCCUUGUGAAUGAACCGGAUCGGGAUGGGAUGCUCAGCAGUCUACAUGAAGUGGGUUCCAAUCGAUCGGUGAGUUUUGAAGACUUUCCGAGAAUCUUUGGGCCAUCUCCUUUGGUUCAGCAUCACUUGCAUAGAGAAGUUGAUGAGGCAAGGUAUUUGGUUAACGCGAAGAAGAAAGUGAAGAGGGGUUGGCUUAGGAAAUUAGGUGCAGCAGGCUGCAUUGUUGAUACUGCUGUUUCGAAACCUGGUGAUGCGGAACAAACAUUAGAGUUGGGGAUGCAAAGAGUUCGGGUUCAUCCCUAUAAAAAGCGGUCCAAGGAACUGUCUUCCCUUUAUGCUGGACAGGAAUUUCUAGCACAUAAGGGGUCAAUAUUGACGAUGAAGUUCAGUCUUGACGGACGGUAUUUGGCGAGUGCUGGGAAAGAUAGAAUUGUUCGCGUGUGGAAGGUAGUCGAAGAUGAGAGAUCAGACAACUUCGAUGCUCCAGGAAUGGAUCCUUCUUGUGUAUACUUCACAAUGAAUCAUCUUUCUGAAUUGGCUCCUCUUGACGUGGAUGGAGGGAAAUUAGGGAAGAUGGAGAAAUUGAGGAAAUCAUCAGAUUCGACUUGUGUCAUUCUCCCACCAAAGGUCUUCCGGAUAUUAGAGAAGCCCCUACAUGAGUUCCAAGGACAUUUCGGUGACGUCUUGGAUCUCUCAUGGUCUGCAAAUGGGUUUCUCCUGUCGUCCUCUGUCGACAAGACUGUUCGUCUAUGGCAAGUGGGAUGUGACAGAUGCCUAAGGAUCUUUUCUCAUAAUAAUUAUGUGACAUGUGUUGAUUUUAAUCCCGUGGAUGAUAAGUACUUCAUCAGCGGUUCAAUUGAUGGAAAAGUUCGCAUCUGGGAAACUGUUGGCUGUAAGGUUGUUGAUUAUAUUGAUACCAGGGAGAUAGUCACUGCUGUGUGUUAUCAGCCUGAUGGAAAGGGAGGAAUUGUGGGCACCUUGACCGGGAACUGUCUAUUUUAUGAUACCACAGAUGCUCAUCUGCAACUGAAUGUUCAAAUAUGCUUACAGGGCAAGAAGAAGUCUCUAGGAAAGAGGAUAACUGGCUUUCAGUUUUCCCCAAAUGAACCGAGCAAAGUAAUGGUCACUUCUGCUGAUUCAGUGGUCCGUAUUCUUUCGGGGGUUGAUAUCAUUUGCAAAUUCAAGGGUCUUCGAAAUGCUGGAAGCCAGAUGUCUGCCUCUUUUACCUUAGAUGGUAAACACAUUGUGUCAGCAAGCGAUGAUUCAAAUGUCUACCUCUGGAACGUUACAAGCCAGGACAUGAGGACUUCUUCUCGAGUAAAGACUAUUUGGUCUACUGAGAGUUUCCAAUCCCACGAUGCAUCCAUUGCUAUACCUUGGAAUGGCAUUCAAACAACGUCAGGAGCACUUCCAUCCCCAACAUUGAGCUUAGAUAUUUGGGGAAGUAGUACAAAAAAUGGGUGGAAACACCGCAGCUUGGAUGAGAAUUCAGGCCAAAACUCAACUUUCUCGUCUCCCGACUGUUUCUCUCGUAGCCGUGGGUUUUUAUUGGAGUCUUUGCCAAAGGGAUCUGCCACUUGGCCUGAGGAGAAACUUUCCAAUUCCAGUCCAAUAACCAUUUCACCUGCAAUAUGCAAAUCCGAGUACAAAAUCUUGAAGAGUGCUUGCCAGGGCAUGUUUAGUUCUCCCCACAUGUGGGGGUUUGUGGUUGUGACUGCAAGCUGGGAUGGGCGGAUUAGAACGUAUCACAACUAUGGGUUACCUGUUCGUCUUUGAAGAACGGAUUUGACAAAAUGGUCAGGCCUUACAUCCUAGAUUCGCAACUUUGUUGUUGCAGAUCCUAGGACAAGAUUUCGAAGAGUUCUUGCCAGGGUAUGUUUUCUUUCCCAAGAUGUGGGGCAUUUUGGUCGUGACAGCAGGCCCGAGUGGACGGAUUAGGAUGUAAUGUAAUUAAAUGGGUUUCUCUUUGGUUUCGGAAGACCAUCAGAUCUUAAAGUUUCAGUUGUUGGGCAGCACUAGACAGUACUGAUUCUUGUUGUUGCAGAACUGCAAGGGGUUUUGGAUUCUCAAUUAAGUCUUGCAUGUGCAGUGUAGUAUAGAAGACCAUAGUAUCAUUUUUCUACUAUUUUUUUUUUGUUUGUAAAGGGGUAUCUAUUGUGGACCCUUCACAUAUUACAAAUGUAUUAUACUCCAGUCAGAGCAUGCCAUGUGGCAAAGAUUUUCCGAUCUGACUGCAGUCCAGCUAGCUACGUGUCAAAAGGAGGAGGCUAUGGACUGCUUUUGUAUUGGAUUCUAACAUAUAGAUCAUAAAAUUAGAUGAUUCUUUGAUUUGUUC